AUGACUAGCAGGGUCUACGAUCCGAUACACGAUGUCUUUCAAAGCCGUGACGACCCCGAAGACACGGCCUCAAUAGGUGAUAUAACGACUUCGCUACCAGAAGAAGAAGAAGAGGAUGAGGAAGAGGAAGAAGAAGAAGGAUCACAGGACGAGGGAGAUUCCACACAAAGCGAUGAAAAUUUGCCAGCGUUAAAUGGUGCGGAAUCCAGUAGAAAAAGAAGCCGAGAACCAAGCAAAUACCUGCGACACCUGAAAAAAGCCGAUGGAGAGUACUUUACCCGUCAGGAAAUCCAGUACGAGUUUCUGCACGAGCUUUGUUCCGAUAAAAGACCGCUUUUCACCAACUGGUACCAGGAUUCGUUUUCAAUCUCCGCUACAGAAAGCCAAGAAUCGCUGAACGUCACAGACGACGCAUAUGUGGCGCGGAAAUUCAUCAAAAAUGACAAACUGACAUUUUCAGAAUACUAUCUUCUGACGAUUGCCUCUUCAACCAAAUGUUCGAAAAUUUUACGUGACAAACUACUUUUCGACCGCAAUGUUGCGUUUUCGACGUGUGCACUGUCGCUGCUGGUCAACACAGGCCGUUUGAACACGACCAUCAACUUCUUCCUCGAAAUGACGUCACAACUGCGAACAUUCCACUCCAUACCAUGUCUUCAACGCGACACGCGUGAUCCCAAGUCUUUACAAGACACUCCUAGGCUGAAAUCCAUAUUGAAAAACUUGCCAAAGGGCAACGGAAACUUGCCACUAGCGGAAUUUUACGAAUCUCCUGAGCCUGGAAAGAAACUCGAUGCUAAUCCUGUCAAUGUGAUUUUCCAUUUAUGUGACAAUUCUGCUUUGGUGAACUCGAGAUUUCUUCAACGAUAUGUCGUUGCUGCGGAUGAAUUGACCUUUUUUGAUAUCUUGGAAAACACGGCCUUGGACCCCAGGCAAAGGGCCCGAAUUAUCCUAUGGAUGCUUUAUGUUCACCUAGAGACAGAUUUUACCGACGAAGCUAUUGCGGAGUCUCUCAAACUUUUCGGUGUGGACGGGAAGUUCACACUGAAUCCUGCGUCGGACGAUGUCGACGUGGAUACACCUCAAGAGGUGGAGUUCGGAGAGCUUCAAAAGGCCAAAAGAAAAGAGUUUCUUUUGAAGAGUAGCAAAUCACCGCACAACGGAUUCGGAAGCCAGGAUGACAGUAAGUCAUUAAUGGAGCAGAGAAAACUCAUACACAGCAAGAUCGAAGAUGGUAUUACUGAAGGUGUUGAUGUUCAUUUGGAUCCUCCCAUUCUCGCAACGUCCGUUGCAACAGUCGCUCCUGCUGUCAAUGAUAAUGGUAAAUCGACCAAAAAACGUAAUCAAAAGUCAGGGUCGCGAGCGGCAUCCAAGGCCACUGCUACAACCGCGACAGAGGACUCCAAGACGGACGCCAAGCCUGUUGCCACCAAAAGAGCGUAUCGUAAACAAGUAAAAAAGCCCGUUGAGUCUUCAAAAGAUUUAACGGGCCAGGUCCCGGUAAAGGAAGAAAAUCCAGACUUAGAGACGGCUCAAGUUGGUAAUGAGGACCAGUCAACAAAUUCACAAGCCGUACAGCAACCAAAGAAAAGACAAAGAAAGAAGGCGGCUUCAGAAUCGCCUGCUACGCAAGAGAUCAAGAACGACUUGUUGGACGAGAAAAAGAGGGACGAGAUGGAAGAACUGAUAAAAUUUGAUAAAAGCGAAAAGAUUUCAGAGCACCGCACGCACGAUGAUGUUUUGCAAGAGUUGGGGAAGGCACAAGCUCUUGCGCGUCGUAAACGUGAAGAACUAGGCCUACUCAAGCUUUUCCAGGAGUACGAGGACGUGACGAUGGCCACCGUGAUUGGUGUUCGUGGCAAAAAACGGAAGAAGUUCAGAGACGGUGUGUUGGGAUAUGAGACUGACUUUAUUCGCACGUUUAAUGGUGCCAAACGUGCGCUGCUUUCUCGCAAGGCUGACACGGACAGUAUAUAUGAAUUUAAGUGA